CGAGAGGACGCGAGGAGGUGCAAGUCAGACAAAAGCUUCGGAGACGAGUAAAGCAAAUGCCGUCUGGCUCUGGUGUCACCGCCAUCGGUACUAAGACAAACAAACUGUAAAACGUGAACAUCAGUUGGAUCAUGUGACUCCAGCUACCAUCCACACCCCCCCACUCCUCCCCAAGAAGUCAGUGAUAUUCCAGGUCAACUUCAGACCCAGUGGUUGCCCUCUGACCGUUGCUGUGGUCAGACACCUUCACCCACGCUCAGAUGGGAAAUCCCAGUCUACUGAGUUUCACAGUGGCCCUGCUUGGUUUGCUGAGCCCAUGUCUGACAAAACUGACUCCGAGAGUCUCUUUCCCCAUGGGUAAUCCAGGGAGACAUCACACCUGCUUCAAUAGCCAUGACAUCAGGAAUACCACAACACUGCUUCUAAGUGAAGAUGGAGAAAUGCUUUAUGUAGGAGGCCAGGAUGCUGUGUUAGCGCUGAAUAUUAGCCACAAGGAUGCCAUCAUUUUGAGGAGCAAGCUGAGCUGGAGCCCUUCAGACAAAGACCUUGAACAGUGCUCCAUGAAGGGAAAGAAAAUGGCCGACUGUUCCAACUUCAUUCGUGUGCUAAAUUUCCUGAACGCCACUCACAUUUAUGCAUGUGGAACAUUUGCCUUCAGUCCACGCUGCACCUACAUUAAUUCAGAGACGCUCACAAUGAGCGGCAGCCCUGAUGAAGGAAGAGGUCGCUGCCCAUAUGAUCCCUACCAGCGCAACACGGCUAUCAUUGUGGAUGGACAACUUUAUACUGGUACUGUGGCAGACUACAGAGGAAAUCGGCCUGUCAUCUCUCGGCACCUCAGUGACAGCAGACAUGUUGACCUGAAGUUGGAUGAUACAUUAGGAUGGCUUGAGGAUCCGACCUUUAUCGGCUCCAGCUUCAUUCCAGAUGAAGAGAAAAUCUACUUUUUCUUCAGUGAAGUGGGCAGAGAGUAUGACUUCAUAGACAAAUUUAUUGUCUCUCGUGUUUCUCAGAUCUGCACGAGCGAUGUUGGAGGUCAGCGGACUCUUCAGCGACGGUGGACCACGUUUGCCAAAGCUCAGCUGCUGUGCCAGGCUGGCAGCGAGCUGCCCUAUAAUGUCAUCCAGGACAUAGACAUCCUCCCACUAGCAGAGGGCGGUCCUGCAGAUGACACACUCUUUUAUGGCAUUUUUACCUCUCAGUGGUCUGUCAACUCUGGACGUUCAGCAGUGUGUUCGUUCCGUCUUACUGACAUCAAAUCAGUUUUCUCCGGAAACUACAAAGUCCUGAACAGGGACACAUUACAAUGGAGCACACGAGUUCAAGAGAAGGUUGCAAACCCAGGAGAGUGUGGCCUGCACAACGCAUCAGACAACGCUCUACGUUUCGUCAAAGAAAACUUUCUAGCAGAAGACAGUGUGAGGUCAAUUGGAAGAAGUCUGACAAUGGUGUCAACCGAGCACACUUACAGCCGUCUGACGGUGCAGCGAGUCCAAGCUGCCAACAGGAAGAACUACACUGUCCUGUUCCUGCUCACAGAGGCUGGUCAGCUACAUAAAGCAGUGCUUCUGCAGAGUGGAGUCCACAUCAUUGAGGAGGUUCAGGUCUUUGAGCAACCACAGCCAGUCAAGAAUCUGAAGCUCUCCAUUCCCAAGGGAAUGAUCUAUGUGGGAACAUCGGAGGGAGUGGUGAAGAUUCCUUCAGCCAACUGUUCUUUCUACUGGACCUGUGCUCAGUGUGUUCUGUCUCGGGACCCUUUCUGUGGAUGGAAUCCUUUCAGCAGAUCCUGUGUGGAGGUCUCCCAAGCCCACGGCAUCCUGGGCCAGGACGUGGAUGGAGGGAAUGUGGAACAGGCCUGUAGCAGUGUGUCGUUAACACAAAGAACCAGAUUCAGUCCCAGCGAUCUGCCCACGGCUUCAUGUCCUUCAGGUGAGCUGCUUUCAGUGUCUCUAAAUGAAGUGGUGCGUCUGAAAUGUCCUGCGGCGUCCCAGCUGUCCCGGCAGUUCUGGGAGCGUCCAAAUAGCCGGCUGUCAUCUGACCUGUACUUGCACAUGAAGGACGGGAGUCUCAGCUUUGUGGCCACACCAGCCACCCUGGGCCAAUACCUCUGCCUGUCCACAGAGAACGGCUACCGGCAGGCCAUGGCCAUCUACCAGCUCAGACAGAAAAGCAGCCCCCUGGCUCCGACCAGCUACACCCAAUUUAGAAGACCUACACCCACCACGCAGGCAGGACCUGGACCCGGACCUAGAUCCGGACCGGACACGUCUGCGACAGCUUGGCCUAAAAUCCCAUAUUUAGAUCCAGGAGUAACUAAACUUUCUAUGUCGAUCAGGAACGCUACUGUCACCACCAGACAGACCAACUUGGACAUGUCAACGUGGACAGGGGAAUCAAGAGGGAAAGAAGCAGAAUUCCAUGAUGGGAAUCUCCUGCCAACAUCCCGGUGCUCCUGCUAUCUGAAGGAGGUGGUGGUGGUGUCGGUGCUGCUGGUGCUCUGCCUCAGUCUACUUAUCAUCAUGCUGCUGUACGUCAUCAGACAGCACUGCCACCACAGGACAGCCCCCCACACCGAAACAGGAAGUACAGGAAGUAGAGACUCCAACAGACGGAGCUCAGAGGUCCAGGGCGAAGUUUUCAACAAACACAAUGGACCUACGAUGCACGGAGGACACGGCAGCAGCUUCAUCUGCAAUGGCACGCUGCCGGGUCCUAUAGAACAUUUACCAAACACCCCCAUCUGAGGGGGGCUGACUUACCGUGGUUAAAGUUACAGUGUCCGUGUUAGUACGGUGACUGUCUCAGUUACCAUGGUUACUGUCUGAGUUACCGAGGUGGCUGUCUGACUUAUUAUAGUGACUGAGUUACCAUGGUGGUUACUGUCAGGGUGUGCAGAAU